AUGGCGACGUCCUGCAUGAUUCCGAAUUCAUUAGACCCAGCAAAGCAGCUCGUACACAGUCAAAUUCUCCAUUCGUCCAACAGCGCACAAGUUUUGUUAAUACCAGUGAACCGUGUUCUCACCCUCCAGGGUCUCCGACCAAUGCCGAUGUACAAAAUACCGUCCUUGAGCAAUCCCGUGCGCUGCAUGAUGCCACCCAACAGCUUGCGUGACACUUCAGCUCCGUUCGUUGUGGAACUGUUUUGUGGUUCUGCCAGAGUCACGGCUUGUCUCAAAGCUUUCGGGGUGUGUCAAGCUUUCGGUGUAGACCAUGUAAAUAGAGCCACCACAGCGCCGGUUCGAAUCCUAGAUCUCUCCAAGCAGAAGGAUCAGCGAACUCUCAUGCGUUGGUUGCAAAGUCCAUUGUGCGCAGGCAUUUUCGCAGCCCCUCCGUGCGGAACUUGCAGUAAAGCCCGCAACAUCCCUCUUGUGCAAGGGGUUCGAAAGGGUAACUUUUGCAAACUCCCUCGACCACUUAGGUCAGAUCAGUUCCCUGAAGGUCUUCCGGGCCUUACCACGCUUGAACGCAUUAAGGUCAGUCAAGCAAACAAGCUGUUCGACUUUUUGGCCACUGUGAUCUUAAACUGUCUUGAGCGUGAGCAAAUUGUUGCCGUCGAAAACCCCAGAGGCAGUUUCUUCUGGAAGACACGUUUUUGGAAAACAGUUUCACAGCAUUUCCGCUAUCAAGCACAUCAAGCAUGUGGUUAUGGAAGUUCUCGCCCCAAAUGGACCGUCAUAGCUUACAACCACUCCGCUUUUGCUAAGAUUUCACGAACUUGUCCAGGAGAAUCUAGGGCUCACGUGCACGAGCCCUGGGGCCUUGUACAACAUGGCCCGGCACAGGGCAACUUUGCGACCGCUUUAGAGACAGCCUAUCCGCCUGCUCUGGCUCUUCACAUUGCCAUUGCCUUCGUUGAAGCCAUGAAGCAUCGAGGAUGGUCUCCUGGUUACACACCAUACGAACCUCAUCAGUUAAUUGAAAACUCAGUGUUGCUUCGUUCAAUCACUGGGCAUCAACCUCGGGCUUCAAAAGCACCUGCCUUGGUUCCAGAAUUUGCUUCGUGUCUCAUGGUGCGUUCGCGCCAUCCAAUCCCAGCACCAUGUCCAAUCAUGACGAAGCUCACCAAACCCUGGGCCGUGCCGCCUUUCGCGCAGUGUGCUCUGCCCGAAGUUCCCAUUCAUUCCAAACUUCUCCGCGCCACACCAAUUCGGUUAAUCGGGGGGGGAUGGGGAUGA